CAUUUUACGAAAGGAAGAACAAGACACAAUUUACAAAACAAAAGAAAACACAAAAUACAUAAAAAAUACUCGUAACUGAACAAUGGAAACGAGCAAAUCCGCUUCGGAUAAGUUGGCCGAACGCAAGGCACGUUUACUCGAGCUGCACAAACAGCGCCAGGAGGCGCGCACACAAAACCACCAAGAAGUCGUCGCAGAAGACGCACGUAAAAAACUGCCCAGCAACUGGGAGGCUCGUAAGCGACAAGCAGAAUGGUUGCUAGCAGAUGACAAGGCACGCGCAGAUGCAGAGGCUGCUGGCAAAGAUUAUGAGCGCCUGCAGCUGCUCAAGGUGUCUGCCAUCGAUGCGGAACGCAUAGAGAAAAAGAAGAAACGCAAAGAUAAUCCCGACUUGGGCUUCUCCACAUACGAGGCGCAAACAGCCAGGCAAUAUAAUCGCCUGGUCAAGAAUAUGCCAGUUCGCGACAUGGCCAAGUAUGAAAAACAAAAGGCUGAACUCGGCGAGGCCUUUUACGGCGGCCCAAACACGACGCUUCAUUUGCUUACCAAGGACACGCCUAGUGCUAUUAACAAUAUGGUUAAAGACUUGGAGCAGCAAAUCGAUCGCAGAAAGAAGUAUUCCAGACGACGAAUCUAUAACGACGACGCCGAUGUCGACUUUAUAAACGAACGCAACUCAAAAUUCAACAAGAAGUUGGAUCGUUUCUACGGCGAGCACACGGCUGAAAUUAAGCAAAAUCUGGAGCGCGGCACGGCAAUCUAAACCUAAUUUUAAGGCAAACAAUU